ACCACCAAAUCUGAGACCAUGGUUCUCGACCGGGAAAGGGUGGCUUGCCAACACCGGGUCAGGAGAGAGGUCCAACCUCAAGUGGAGGAGUUUAAGUAUCUCGGGGUCUUGUUCACGAGUGAGGGUAGGAGGGAUCGGGAGAUCGACAGGCGGAUUGGUUCGGCGUCUGCAGUGAUGCGGAUGCUGAGCCGAUCUGUCGUGGUGAAGAGGGAGCUGAGCCAGAAUGCCAGGCUCUCGAUUUACCGGUCGAUCUACGUCCCAAUCCUCACCCAUGGUCAUGAGCUUUGGGUAAUGACCGAAAGAACGAGAUCGCGGAUACAAGCGGCCGAAAUGAGUUUCCUCCGUAGGGUGGCCGGGCUCAGCCUUAGAGAUAGGGUGAGGAGCUCGGACAUUCGGGAGGGACUGGGAGUAGAACUGCUGCUCCUCCGGAUCGAAAGGAGCCAGUUGAGGUGGUUUGGGCAUCUUGUCAGGAUGCCUCCUGGAUGCUUCCCCGGGGAGGUGUUUCUGGCAUGUCCUGCCGGCAGGAGGCCCCCGGGUCGACCCAGGACAUGUUGGAGAGGUUACAUCUCCAAUCUGGUCCGGGAACGCCUUGGGGUCCUGCCGGAGGAGCUAGUGGAGAAGGCCGGGGAGAGGACGGUCUGGAGCUCCCUAGUUGGGAUGCUGCCCCCAUGACCCAGACCCGGAUAAGCGGAGGAAGACGACGACGACGAUUUGAUAGAAUAUUCGUAUAUUGAAAUGUUCAAUAGCUGCAACUCCGAUCAUUAAGUUAAUUAAUUCUGUCAAAAGCAAACAGAUCUUUCAGAAUGUCGGUCAGCAUGAAAGAAGUUCAUGUAGUUUACUUGAUUCUGAUGAGCUCAAAACAAUAUUCAGAGUCUGACCCGGUUUCACACUGAAAGCAUCAGCGGCGAAGAACGGCAGCGGAACGUCACGGCUUCAAAUGGAGUCCAUUAUAGUCUAUGGACUGUUUCACACCGGCAGCGACGCAGCAAUUUCCAGGUGCGUCUCAGAAACGUGCGCCUUACAGCUAGAGAUAGGAUCGGGUUAUAUUGUUGCUGCAAGCUGCUUCUGCGUCAAUUUCCGCAGUUAACUUAGGGCUAGACAGGAAAUCACACAGUUUCUGUGUAAAAUCCCCAGUUAUUUUCAAAAUAAAGGUACUGCAGGUAAGCUAUUUCACAUAUAUGUAGCUUACGUGUGACCCAACGGCUUAUUUACUCACAGCAUCAUUCCAGAAGUGCAGCGGCGUGUUUUUCAUGGCUUUAAUCCUGGUAGUGGAGAGGAACAGCAUCAUAUAUGACAGCAGAGAUAUCAAACGUGAUUUCCUUCUUUUUGGUUUAAUGGUGGAUUGCAUAAACAAACCGUGACCUGAAGACUCGAGGGAUUGUGUGAUCUCGCGAGUCCAGCAAAGAGCACGGCAAGGAAGCCGUGCCGCUGCCAAGCCUCUUCCGGUGGGAAAAGGACCGCUUUGAAGUUCGCGAGUAAACCGUUCCGCUGCAGUGUCGCGCCGCCGAUGCUUCCAGUGUGAAACCGGCGUUAGUCAUGUACUAAAUCUGUUUACACAUACCUGUUUUAUGUACUGCGCAUUGAUACUAUUAAUCAAACACAAAACAGUAGUGACACCUGUUUGAGUUCAGAAGGGGAAACCAUUAUUUAUACAACAGUGGCUAAGCUGCGUUCAGGCUAGCUAUAAAAAUAUUUGCACUUUUUUACACGAAGGUGUCUGGUUAAAAACAGCUGGGGGAAAACGCUAACCCUCUCAGGCUCAAAAUUAUUUUUGAUAAAAGGACGAACAACUAAGUCCUUCAGGGGUUCUUCUGAGUUAAAAAAUGCUCAUGAAACACGCAUGUGGAGUCACCAGGUAGGUAGGUAUUAAGGUUAAUCUGCAACACCUGCCUCCAGAGGGUUAAACAAAGGCCAAGUUUCAACCUUUCUUCUGCCAAACAAGAACAAAAGAUCUGAAACGACUAUCAGAUUAGUGCUGGUUCCUAAGCUCCCGUCUCUUGGUUGCAAAGAGUGACACUUACAAAAACAAGAAGGUACACUUUUCCAUUAGAUGUCAUUCUGCUUCACCUCUAAUCCAGGCGUAAUCUAGAAGAGACAAAAACACAAGAAAGGCUCAGUAAACGGCCAUAAUCAUCAGUGAGCACUCAGAAAAGAUAGAGAUUGUUAUCGGUCUUGUGCUGAAUGAUCGGUUUUCUAAUUCAAACAGAUUUCAGAAGCAAUGAAGCGAUCGUCAAACAUGACGUUUUUGCAGCACCCCUGAUUGGGUCAGGAUCUGUUUUGUUACACACCCCAGGUUUCAAAAGCGUUAGGGCACUAGCAGCACACAUAGGCUUGGUUGCAUCAAUGCAUUUGUUUUUUUUGUGGGGGUGCUACAGCCAACAUUAUGAAGGCUGUGGGGAUCUGUCAGCACCAAUGGUGAGUGUGGGAUGGAGUCUGAAUGCCCACUUCCCACAACAGCAUGAAGGAUUUUUACCAUCAGAAAACAAUCCACCUAAUCCUAGCCGCCCAAGAUCCUUUGCGUGAAAUAUGCAACCUACUUCUGGUCCAGCGUUUGUUUAAAUUGCGACCAUAGAUAUGUGAUGCAAUAGAUUCGCACUAAUCCAUUUUUAUGAGCUUUUUAGAGACGUAAACUAUGUGGGAACACCAGCUGCCACUGUUACAGUCCCUCUGACUACUGAACUAAAGGGUCCAUCCCUCCAGGAUGAUAUGAAAAUCUGGCCAAAGACAACAUACAGUAUAGCAUUUUAGCUGCCUUCUUAACGUUGUCGUGUCUGAUGGAAGGCUCCGAGGCUUAUCAGUUAUUACAUAGUAAUAACACUAAUUGUGUUUUGUUGAAAGAGGUGGGAGACAAUCUUAUUUACUUCAGAGCAGAUGUAGAGCUGAGUGAGAGCCUUAACUCCCUCAUCACCUAGCCUGGGUUGUAGUUUCUACAUCUGGUGAAAUACAAACAGCAGGUCGUUUAUGUGUAACGAGGUCAAAUGAUCUUUUUCAACACGUGAUCAUGUCUAUGUUAAACAUUGAGCUCUACUUGAAUCAUUUGUCUGCUUGUUAAAAGCAUACUUCAGUUAAAUUAUUUUUAUCUCCACUUUCUUGGGGUGUUCCGCAAGGCUCAAUUCUUGGUCCACUACUCUUUGCUAUUUACAUCCUUCCUCAAUGUUCCAUUUUUACUAAAUAUGGCCUUCACUACCACCUUUAUGCUGAUGAUUGUCAGAUUUAUUUCUCUCUACAUCAGUUAGGUUCUACUCAUUUGCUCCAUGAAUGCCUCUCAGACAUAAAGAUGCGGCUCACAUCUGACUUCCUCUGUUUGAAUGAGUAUAAGAUUAUAAGAUAAGGCAUAAGGUGGGCUGCAUGGUGGCGCAGUUGUUAGCACUGUUGCCUCGCAGCAAGAAGGUUGCAGGUUCGAAACUGGGCUGUGGCCUUUCUGCGUGGAGUUGCGUGUUCUCCCCAUGCAUGCGUGGGUUUCCUCCGGGUACGCUGGUUUCCCCCACAGAUCACGACAUGCCCUACAAGUUAAAAUUUGUAUGUCGCUUUGGAUAAAAGCGUCUGCCAAAUAAAUAAACAUAAAUAAACAUAAGAUGGAGGCCAUUGUCUUUAAGCCCAGGCGUGAGAAAAAAAACAUCUGCUCCUGUAUCUCUCCCAUCCAUGAAUUUUAGUUUUGUGUGCCCAGCUCCCCCAUAUUCAGAACCCUGGCUGUAGUGAUCUAUUGCAGAGAUUAGUUUAGUCUGCUGAGAUCUGUGUGUGGUCUGGACUUUCUGGUUCUGAAGAACCCACAAUUAUUGUAAAAAUCAAAACAGGUAAAUAAUGAAAUUUAAUUUUGUCUUCUUAGAGAGAAGAAGGUCUUAAUAUGACGUGGAGUUUGAAGAUGAUGAACGAGGCUGUCAUGGGACUUGGGAGCGCAGGAACAACAGGAACAGAAGCACGUUGACAUGGGGAGACAUAAGACGAGGACAACAGACGAACCGACAAAAGACACAGGAAUGACGGGGCUUAAAUAAAUACACAGGAGCAGGUGAUCAGGUUAACAAGAGGCAACCAAGGCUGGGAAGCAGAACGUGACAGAGGCAGUUUUCAGCUUUCCUGGUUUAUUUUUGACCUCAAAGGUCACAGCAACUGCAAGUCUGUUAACAUUCUGGGAAAAACCCCGAGCAAUAGGUGAAAACUUCCAGAAACCGUUCGUCUCUGCCGCUAACUUCUGACACGUUGCCAAGACAACAGAGCUGGCUAACAGACUAAAGGAUGCGUUCACUGACAACAGGUUCAUCAAGUCAACAUUUCACAACAAGAGCAUGAAAACUAAUCUGUGUGAUGGCAUAGUGAAGAGAGGCUGGUAACAGUGACAUUUACAAACAGCAGAAUAUUCAGUCCAUCCAUCCAUGGUCUGAACCCGCUUGUCCAUGUAGGGUCGCAGGGGGCUGGUGCCUAUCUCCAGCAGUCAAUGGGCAAUCAGGCGGGGUUCACCCUGGACAGAGAGCCAGUCCAUCGCAGGGCAACACAGAGACACACACACACACACACCUAAGGACAAUUUAGACGGACCAGUUAACCUAACAGUCAUGUUUUUGGACUGUGGGAGGAAGCCGGAGCACCCGGAGAGAACCCACGCAUGCACAGGGAGAACAUGCAACCUCCAUGCAGAAAGAUCCCAGGCCGAGAAGGGAACCCAGGACCUUCUCGCUACAAGGCAACAGCUCUAACCACUGCGCAGCCUGAAUAUUCAGUCUGUUAUGGUAAUUUAGUUAUAAAACCAUGUAGACCUGUGCAGCAGGCCGGUAGGGAGCCUCAGCCACGCCCAUCUACUUCUGGUCCAUAAAAAAGAUUCAACGGGCCGAUCCCGUUUGAUACGUGCCGCAGUUUUAACACAUGUCUGUGCAUUUAAAGACAAUAAAAUAAAAAUAUAAACACUUUUGUUUUUGCUCUCAUUUUUCAUGAGAUUUUUCAAAGAUAUGAAACAUUUUCUAGACACACAAAAGAGCCACUAAUCUCAAAUCCAGCCUAUGGCACACCUGAGCAACCCUCAUGCUGUCUAAUCAGCUCCAUGAUUUGCCACACCUGUGAGGUGGGAGACACUAACUCAGCAAAGUGCCGACGGGCAGAUUCCUGAACAGCAUUUUACAGUAACAGGUCUUUAGAGAAGGUUUCAGAUCUCAAGUUACAUGUUAACGGAAGCUCGCACACACACACACACACACACACACUUUGAGUCCUACUUCUCCACCUAAAAACAGCCCAAAGCCCAUCUGUGGGACUCCGAUACCCAGAUAGAUUGGGCAGAGAUGAAACAAGCUCCUACAAAGAAAGUGGGUCUGAACAUGUAUGAGAUAUGAUUUUGAAGUGAUGCAGCGCUCGGCAAUGUUUACAUUUGUUAGGUUGUUUACUAAAGGCAGUAUAAAACGGUAACAACGAACGGUAGACCACCUCUGCUCCACGCUCCUUGUUGGUGGAUGGAUUACAUCUGGACCGGGUGUUGGCACAAGAAAGAAAGUGGAAACAAAAGGAGAGUGUUUCACUUGAAAGUGUUCAGAAACAUCCCAGCUGCUGCUGAACACGAGACAGAAGAGCGGAUAAUUCUGUCUGAUGUGGAUGGAGAUUAACAUUUUACAGCAGCCCUGAUUAAAUGCAUCAACCUUCACCUGUCUUUCAAUCCACGCUAUCAACAUUACUGUGUACAUACAGUGAGGAACAUUAGUAUUUGAACACCUUGCGAUUUUGCAAGUUCUCCCACUUAGAAAUCAUGGAGGGGUCUGAAAUUCACACAGUAGGUGGGUUCCCGCUGGGAGAGACAGAAAUCACAUUGUAUGGUUUGUAAAGAAUGUGUUGGUUUUGCACUGAUGGACAGAAGUAUUUGAACACCUGGCAAUCAGCAAGAAAUCUGGCUCUCAAAGACCUGUUACUCUGCCUUCAAGAAAACCACCUCUACUCCACUUAGUCAUCUUCAUUAGCAGCACCUGUCUGAGCUCUUUAAAGACACCUGUCCACCCCACAGUCAGUCACACUCCAACCACUACCAUGGACAAGACCAAAGAGCUGUCAAAAGAAACCAGAGACAAAAUCGUGGACCUCCACAAGACUGGAAAGGGCUCCGGGGAAAUGGCCAAGCAGCUCAGUGGAAACAGGUUGGAGCAACUGUCAGAAAAUGGGAGAGGCUAAAGACGACUGUCGGUCUCCCUCGGACUGGGGCUCCAUGCAAGACCUCAUCUGGUGGGGUAUCACUGAUAAGAAAGG